CGAUGGCCAACGACUUUUGGUGGCCCGGGUUCAACUCGACGGGCCACCAAACGUUCUUGACCAACUGGUUCAACACCCAACUCUUGCUGACCAGCGUCAUGCCCGCGACACAAAUCGACCAGCCCAAGUACGCAGAUAUCGUUUCGACGUACGAUAGCAUCCAUGCGUCGAUAUUGACUGCGCCGACAUACUCUGCGACCAUCCAACGCAGCGUGUACUCCAACCUGCCCGUGGUCAUCCAAGGGCUGCGCGACAUGGACAGCUGCACGCUGCCAUGGAUUGCCGCGUCGCACUGCUUUGUCGAUUUUGGACAAACGUGGGAAAUGGCCGUGUCCGCCGACCGGCAGGCCAAGUGCACGCUCGACCGAGACAACGGCGCCGUCUAUUUGGAAUCCAUUUUGCGCAAUGCGCACUGGCCAUCGCUGAGAGCGUGUUGGGGCGCCGCCUUGGCUCUUGCCGUAUUCGAUGAAGUCGGACGAACGUCCAGAGGCGUCGCAUGGGUCGCUGCCGUGACAUCAGACACAAAGCCAUCGGUGGCCGACGAAGUCGCAACGUGGCUCUCGUACAACAUUACAGCGUUUACCCCGCAUGGCAAAACUAUAAACACAUUGGCGUCACCGAGACCGUCGACGUGACCAGCGCGUUUGGACUGGCGUACCCGCUUACGAUUCGCAACGUGCCGUCCAUGUAUCAUUCGGCGGCGACGCCGACGUCAUUCCGCAUGCAGUGGCCUCUUGCCAAGACUCUGUGGGCCGUAUCGAACAACUCGUCUGGCGUCGGGGGCUCGAGUUUGGUUCGAUCGAGUCCUGUCUACGCAUUUGGAAACGCGUCCAGCAUGGAGGCCUUGCUUGCGCGCAACCAGACGGUGGAGUUCCCCCUCGGUUGGCGGCUUGCUCUGACACGGCAGACAUUCGGGCCGUUUGGGACGGUUGUCAUGACGCGGGUCGAACCCCCUUUGGCCCUGCGCGCGCUCUAUCGCGAGCUGACCGAGGCCAUCGUGGGCGCAAUCGGUCACAACGCGACCACCUUGCAUGCCUAUAUGUCCGUUCGAAAGAUGUCGAUGUUCACUCCUUGCACAAUGGCGUGGAGGUACCAAUGUACCGUUGGGGGCAACUUUAUGUGCGAUGGCGGCAAGGUCUUGACCCGCGAAAUGUCCGAGUUCUUUGCCCUGGACGGAUCGUGUUCGUCAAACGGCAACGACCAAACACUCAACAACGGGCACACCACGAUGGCGGCGGUGCUGUCGCAAGCAGUGCGAGGCGACGAACUCGUGCAAUCUACGUGCGCGCAUGAGACGCUUGCGCGCCCGUCGUGCGAGCAAGUGAUGCAGCAAGGACUUGCAUUCAUUGCGUCGACACCGUUGCUGUCCAGCACGCUCGCGGCGCUGGCGGACGUCACGCAGGCUACAAAACGCACGAUUCAAGCCACGCUUGCACCGCAAGUUGUCCAGUUCACGUGGGACUGUCAAGUCGGGUCAGCGACCGCGUUAUCCCACAUCGGAGUGUUCGACGAGCCCACGUUCGAGUUUUUCGCGUGGCUGUACAUGUUUGAGUGGGUGCUGGGGUACCGAGAAGUGGUGCAGUUCACGGGCGCGUCGAAACCGACCAUGACGGUUGUGUCGGGGCGGCCGCUCGUCAUGCGCUUUGAUGUGAAUUCCCAGGAAAUUCCUCAAAACAUGGCGUUUUACAUUCGUUGCACGAUCCAAUACUUUACGAUCGUCCUGCUCGCCAUCGCGGUGGGUGUGUGCAUCUCGAUCGUGCUGAGCCGGGGGUAUAUCGAAGGCAUGAACAUGUUCCAAUUCAAUCGAGUCGCAGCGCUCGUCUGGAUCGGUCGUCCGCUCGUGCUGCUGCGGGGAGUGACUGCCGUUUGCAUCUUGUCGACGGCGACGUUACGGCUGGACCUGCCCGCCAUGGGGGGCACGUUUACGCAAUUUGUGUCGGGUCCACCGGACACCAUGACGACGCUGCUCUCGUGUGGCGAGAUGGGAUGGGUGGUGUACAUCCUGAACGACGUGUUUUCUGUCAUGACUGGCCAGGUCACGUCGCGGUAUGCUUGGAAGUCAAGCGUCGGCGUGUGGCUCGCUGCCAGCGUGUGGAGCUUGGUCUCACCAGUUCGACAUGCCGUGUCCAUUGAUCGGCAAUGCACCGCGGACGUUGUCGACUUCACCUUGUCCUGCCACAGUGCAACGUUUGAAAUUGGCCAAGUCGAUCGGUUUGUCGGGCUGCUUGGUUUAGCUGGCGUUGGUUGUGUUGUCAGCUACGCAAUCGAGCGCGGGCUCGGGUCGCGCGGCGCAAACACCCAAAUCAGCAAGUCCCUGCUGCUCCACUCGGUGGCGCAGUUCCAGUUCGAACAAACCCCUUGGCUCUGCGGCGGCAUGUACUACCUCGAUCGCGCGUCUGCCAUGCUGAACGGCCUCUUGUCGAUUCGGGCACCGAAUGGCGCCUACCUCGUGAUGGACGUCAAGACGUGGCAAUGGUUCGUCGUGCCAGUCCCCGACACCCCAUGCACGCCCAUGCCUCCAUCGUUCGUCCAUGCAAUUCCGCUUGCCAACUGAAGUUUUGGUCGCUGGGAACCCGGCCAGUCCACUGCUCGUGUGGAGAUCCCUGGUCGACAAAUCGGGACGUGCCAGCAAUAUCGACGUGCAUCCACGAUGCGCACGUCGCGGCCAACCUCGUGCGAAGAGCGCAAGGACGUAGACAAGUCGCUACCUCAGGGGGAUAUAAUGGCCUGUUUGCGCCGUAUAAUUGAAUAUCCAUCAAGGAGAUGCCAUGGGCUCCAGUCUUUCACUUG